AUGAUUGAAUUGGUCAAAUUUGUUCACAUUUUACUUGAUUCAUUACAAAUCAGCACUUGGGUUGAUUUUUAUACAAUAGAAUGCCCGAAGACGAAAAACACAAAGAGGUGGCAUCCCCAUUCAACCAAGAAGAAAUUGUCCGAAUUAUUCAUGAGGUUUUUGAUCGUCAAAUUGGAUACAGCACUUAUAACUUUCAACAGUCAAAUGAAUGGAAUACGAAAUGUGUUGAAGGCAUCACAGCCGAAUUGG